AAAAGAUAAAGAUCCGUAUCCUUUAACGUGGAUAUUAAUGCAGGAGUCACUUUGUGAUAAAGAAUCAAGAUGUUACUUCGCCUCUGGUAGCCAGCUCUUUGAUUUGGCCACCUAAACUGUGCCUGGACAGCCUAAUUCAUCCGUCAAUAUUUAUUCAAUAUUUAUCGAAGGAAGGUGACGUUUGUAUCACAAAAUGUGGCUCUUACAGCGAAAAAGAGGAGUACAGCAUCAGAUACUGACUUUCAUGUUAGAACAAAUGCCCCAAUUACAUUUGGGAUCAUAUCGUUCAUUUCCGCUCAGGGACAACAUGAGGAUGCAUGGAGGCGUUUGAACUGUUAGAUGGAAAAUAAAGAGGGCUUUAUGCUAUUUGAAUAUUUACCUACAAUUGAGUGCUCGGGUUAUGAGAGGGUGACGGGGGGUGAAAGUUCGCCACAGUCUGGGGAACAGAAGUCCAGUGUUUCAUGACUUUUCCACAACCCACUGAACUCAACAGAGCAGUCAAUGUGGGACUGAAGAAAGAGAGACAGUUAGAGAAAAAUGCUAUAAAGAAGAGACCAUGAAUGGCUCUCGCCCUAUUUCUCAGGCCACAAAAUCACUGAAUUAAUAUUUUAUGUUUAUUUUUAACCAUAUGGUGUUAACGCAUCCUCUUUUCUUCGGUUAAUGUCAUUAUUAUGCCAAAGCAGGGAAGAAAAGAGGCAGCAUCUGAAUGAAGUGGGGCAGGUGCAUUUGCACAGAGCUCAUGAAUAGCGGCUUGCCAUUAGCCAUGCACAGCUCUGAAGCGCGCAUAAAUAAUAGCUGGCACUGCUGAUAAAAAAGCGCACCUUGGGGCCUCUCCCCCCCUUUCUCUCUCUCCUCCUUCGCUCUCUUUCUCCCCUUCUCUUUCUCUCACGGGAAUUUACGCUUUUAUUUCCCCCCCCCUUUCAUGGCUGCAGCACUGAGUCUGCAAGACAACUUCUUUGUAAGCAGCAGACUAAUUAGAAAUAGACUGAUUUUUGUAGCAGCGUGUUUUUUAUUUUGGGAGCUUGAGAUAAUUCAUAUUCAUGAUAAAAAUCUGAGACAGUUUUCUCUCUAUCCUGCAUUUGUAAUCCUGUGCCUUGCAGAACGAAUCCGCUGGACUGGUGCCUUCCUAUUGAGACGCAAGAAGCAUAGACACAAGGCUGCAUCAGAGAGCCACAACACCGGCUUCUGUCAUUAAAACAAACAAGACUGAUAUAAGUAUAUCAGUAACCAUUGCAAGAUUGCUUGUUAAAUCCUGUGGUUACUCCUCGGGGAUUUUGCUUAUAGAAGUUGCAUGCUCCAGGAGUGAUAGUUCUCGGCCGGGACAGAAGGAAUGGGAUACCCGGGCAGAGCAGUGAGAGGAUGGAGAGGGUGGAAAGGAUGGACGCUCUUGGUUUGGGUCGCCGCUGUCAGCUUGCUUUCAGCAGACGGACGGAGAGUGAGGCAGCCCAGAUGUCCCGCUGGAUGUAUUUGCACCAAAGAUAAUGCCCUGUGUGAGAAUGUCCGAUCCGUGCCUCACACUUUCCCCUCCGACGUCGUUUCACUAUCUUUUGUCAAGUCUGGAUUUCAUGAAAUCAACGGGGGAAGCUUUGUUCACACUCCUGCCCUGCAACUGCUGUUGUUCACAGCAAACUCCUUUGACCUCAUUGAUGAAGAUGCAUUCCUGGGUUUACCACAUCUUGAAUAUCUAUUUAUUGAAAAUAACAAAAUUGCAUCAAUAUCUCCAUUUGCGUUCCGGGGCCUGAAAGCACUGAUACAUCUGAGUCUGGCAUACAACAAUCUUGAGACGCUGCCCAAGGAUGUCUUCAAGGGCAUGGACGCUUUGACUAAAGUGGAUUUGCGAGGCAACAGCCUGAUAUGUGACUGCAAGCUAAAGUGGCUGGUGGAGUGGAUGCACAACACUAACGCCACCCUGGAUCAGAUCUACUGCAGCGGCCCACCCAUUCACCAGGGGAAGAAGAUCAAUGACCUGCUGCCACACUCUUUUGACUGCAUCACAGCAGAGUUUGCCUCCUAUCAGUCACUGAAGUUCGAGUCCAUUUCAGUGGAGGCCUUCAGCUUUGGCGAAGAUCAGUAUGUUGUGUUCCCCCAACCCUUUGCUGGGACGUGCAGCUUCCUCGAAUGGGAUCACGUUGAGAUGACCUUCAGAACCUAUGACACCAUUGAAAGCACCUCCACUGUGGUGUGCAAGCCCAUGGUGAUCGACAACCACCUCUUUGUCAUCGUGGCCCAGUUGUUUGGGGGCUCACACAUUUACAAACGUGACACCUCUGCUAACAAAUUCAUCAAGAUCCAGGACAUUGACAUCCUGAAGAUUCGUAAACCCAACGACGUGGAGACGUUCAUGAUCGAUGGGGAGUCUUUCUUCGUCAUCGCUGACAGCUCUAAGGCCGGCUCCACAACAGUGUACAAAUGGAACGGGAAUGGCUUUUACUCGCACCAAUCACUCCACCCGUGGUACCGGGACACAGAUGUAGAAUAUCUGGAGAUCUCCAACAAACCCCACCUGAUCCUGUCCAGCAGCUCCCAGAGACCUGUUGUGUACCAGUGGAACAGGGGUCAGAAACAGUUUGACCGCCGCACUGACAUACCAGAGAUGGAGGACGUCUUCUCUGUCAAACACUUUCGGGUCCAAGGUGAUCUGUUUAUAUGCUUAACAAGAUUCAUCGGGGACUCCAAGGUGAUGCGCUGGGACGGUGCCAUGUUCAAGGAGGUCCAGACAUUUCCCUCCCGUGGUUCUAUGGUGUUCCAGCCUGUCUCCAUCGGCAAGUGGCAGUAUGCCAUCUUGGGCAGCGAUUAUUCACUGACGCAGGUCUACCAGUGGGACACCAAGAGGGGUCAGUUUGUCCCAUCUCAGGAGCUGAAUAUCCAGGCGCCUCGAGCAUUUUCUGUGGUUUCCAUUGACGACCGAGUGUUCCUGCUCGCAUCCAGCUUCAAGGGAAAAACUCAGAUAUAUGAGCACCUCAUGAUUGAUUUGAGUAACUAAACCCAUUGUCAAAUCAGGACAAAUGGCGUACACUACUUGCCAGUUGAAUUUGAAUCCGCUAGCAAUUCCCAUCUACAGUCAAACUAAUGGAAGUUUCAAGCAGAAGCUCAAACUAUCUAAAAAGAUGUUUCAAAUACAAUUCAGGACCUUAAGGUUAGGCUGGGCUGAGAUAAGGUGAUUGAAAUUCUUACAUUGGUUAUGAUCAGUGAGUUUAUUCUGACAUAUUCUACACAGUCCCUUAUACCUAAUGUUUGUCAACCUGCUGUAACUAGUUAAUUUUGAUAAACUGUUUAGGAAUGCCUUAUUCUCCAUGUCACAAACUUUACUCAGAGUGCGAACUGACUAUCUUUUAGGAAAAAACAAACUAUCAACUCAUUCUUUUUGUCUGUUAUUCAACCGUGUAGGCUUACUACAGUACCUUGAAACACAGUAUGUUUUUUCUAUUCAACCCUAUAUAUUGUUUAUCUUUCUUGUAGGAAUUUGAUAGGAAAGGUUUAGGAAUUUGGUAGUUCUGAUGACCAUGUAACAAUAGCUACAUAGUGAAAUAUUUCUUGAGAAAAGGAGGCAAAAUGCAUCCAGGGUCACAUGUGCAGUUGUAUCCAAAAAAAAACUAUGGACACAAGAGACAAUUUUCUUUAAGUCCUCUUUAAUUAAACAGGGCAUUUCAGGAAAAUUAAUUGAACUCUGUCACACAAGAGCUGUUUAGACUCUCAUGUGACAAAGUCUGGGUCAUUAAAUACCUUGCAGAAGAUGGAGAGUCUCAUGAAUGUUCAAAUUGUAAUCUAAUCUAAAUUUGAUGAUAACGCAACAGUAACACUGUAGUUAGUAAUGUUAGUAAUGUUUACCAAAUACGGAUAAAAGUUGGACUACUUGCUGGGAAUUGUGUUAAUCCUUCUAGCGUUUGGCAGCUAGUUAACCUGUGCUCCGUCAGUAAUUACUUUACACUUAAAGAACUGACCCUCAUAUAUGAGUUGAAGAAUCCACUAAACAUUGUGAGAAACUAGGAAAACGACGUCACAUCUCAGUUGUGUCUACUCUCAGAAAAGCAAGACUGUAUGCAUGAUAGAGACACUCAUAGUGUUGAUUCCUGAUGAAUGACUCGCUAGAAGCAUCCCACUGUGUCAACCAGCCCUCUCUCUUUCACUGCACUCUUGCCCCUUUUCUCCCUCAUUGACAAAACCAUUGUUGUCUUUACUCCGCAACUAAAAGCCAACCACUGUGCAGCACCUACUACCUGUGCUUUCACACGGUCCUCUUAUUCUGACACAAAAGGAACAGAAUAUUGAUAACAAUUUAACAACUUCACUGACAACAACUUGCCAAAUAUAAUGUUUACGUUUUUACAAUACUGUGUAAAGUACUUUAUAUGAUAUUGCUUUUGUAUGUAGACGGGACCACACUCAAUGUUUUAUUUUUCAUAGACAUAGAAUUUAGUGUAGAUAUUUAAAAAAGAAAAAAAAAAACAAGGAUCACCUCCUCAAACACUGUGUAACAUGCAACAUCAGCAAAACAGUAUAGACUUACUUGUGUCAGUCUAAUCUAGUUAGGUAAGAGUAUAGGAUAUUAGUUAUUCCUUUGUCAUCUUGCUCAUUGUAUUUUAUGUACAGUAGUAAUAAAAUACUAAAAUGCUA